CACGCGUGCGCCGUUACCAUAGAGACUUGAGACCACAAACGGACUCAUCGUCUCGCAAACACAGUAUCGCGUCUGUGUGUAAUCUCGUCAAUAAAACACUGAAUAUUUGUGUAUGUGACACUGUGUUGAGUGUGUUUGAGAUGAUGGAUUCAGAGUAUGUGAGGAAGAGUUUGGGUCGAUGUCUCGCGGAGGGUUUGACCGAAAUCACUGAACAGAGACCACUGGAUCCCAUUGAGUUCCUCGUGCACUGGAUCCACAAAUAUAAACUCAACCAUGACGUCACGCAGCAGAGAUCCACCUAUCAGAGACAGUUAGAGGAUGAGAAGCGUCGCGGUCGAGAGGAAUCAGACCAUCAGAAACUCCUCCAGGAGGAACAGAAGGACAUCAGAGCUGAUUCUUCUGAUGUUAAAGAAGAGUCGGAACCUGUGAGAUCUAGCAGAGAUCCGUCUGAAGCUCAUGAGAGAGAUGAUCAGAUCAGGACAGAAAGCGCUCCUGACAUUCAGACGUCCACGGAUCCACAGAUGGAGGAAGUGGAUGAAGUGUCCGAGCGAUCAGAUGUGAUGAAUGACAGCCGUGCAGCAGAACAGGAGCUUCAUGAGGAUGACGCAGAUGGUGUGGAACAGACCUCUGAGAUCCCGAGCGAUCCAAAGGGUGAAAGUGAAGCGGACGGAUCUGAAGUGAAUCCAGUUGAAGAGAAUGAAGCACAAGAAGAGAAAUCAGAUGAAGGUUCAGACGAGAGACGGACAGAAACACAGGAUCUGAUGAAUCUGGAAACAGAUAGACCUGAGGCUGGAGAUGAUGACACAGUCACACCUGAGGAUUCAGCUCAACCUGUGGAACCAGAGGAGGAAGAGAAGAGAACCUGAGGCCAUCAUCACGCACAUUUACAUCACAUCUGUGUGUUUCUGUUGCUGUUCCUAAGAGAUAUUUAGUUUGACAUUAUCUGAUCUCACAAACUCUUUCAUUGAAAGCACUCGUUUACAAUAAACAUCUUACUGUCCUGUGAGGAA